GAAAACGCCAGAGAGAAGGUGAAGCGACGACGAGAGAGGAGGAAGAAGAAUCUACGGACGGAUACGCAAAAAUACGUAUAUUUUCCUCGUCGCCAAUACCUAAGACGGGGCAGAGAUUGAUCAAGAAGAAGUUUUUGGAAAGUUGAAAGAUGAUGGGUCACCAAACGAAUUAUCAAGGCUCGAGCUCCUCGUCUCUUGCGAAUACGCGUAAAAGGGGUCGUCGUCCCGAAGGCCAGGAGGCUCAGCACCCACCCACUGAUGAGAAUCUGAUAGGUCAAGCUUUCUCUGGUGUGGUCGAAGGCUCGUUCGAGGCUGGAUACUUUCUCAACGUUAAGGUAGUCGACACUGAGAAGCAGCUCAAAGGCAUCGUUUUCUUACCAGAUAAAGUCGCUCCUCUUACUCCAGCUACUGAUUUGUUUCCCCAAGCUAAGAUGUAUGUUAGAGAGCAUAAUAUCACAACUCCACAACAACUAGAGGUUAAGAAAAAUCAAGCUGAUGACCAAUCUGCUAUGCUGCCUGAUCAUCAUCCAAUGAGUCUUGGUUCCGAGGCUGCUGAUGAGAGGAAUCAUCCUGUGGAUACAGAGAUGAAAGAUGUCGGUCUCACUGAACCUGAAGACCAAACCCUCUCUCUGAUGCCACAGUUUGGUAGUGAUGAUGUACACAAAGAGGAUCACACUGUCCUGACAUUUGAAGCUUGUGUAGCAAGUAAGGAAGCAGUUACAGCCACUACUUCUUCACUUGAAGAUUCGUUUGCUAAAGGUUCUACUACUUUCGUUGAUUUCUUCCCAGCGGCAUCUGCGACCAAUCUAAAACAAGCCACGGGAUCCAGCUCCUCUUUCAGCCUUGAACUCUUUCAGAGCGAGACUAAGCAACCGGGAACUGAGGCGGGUGAGAAGAAAUCUCCUGCGGAUGCUGAGCCUCGUGGAGUGGAGGUAAAAUCGGCGUCUCCUGUUGACGAUGAUGAUGUGCCAGAGGAGCUUCAGCUAGAGCUCGGCAACAAGAAAAUGAAUGCUUCAGCUGUUGUAACCGUAGCAAAUCCUGAUCAGCCUGGUUCAUCAUCAAAGAGUGGUUUCUUGGUGAAUUUGUUUGAAUGCAGAGAAGAGACGGUGAAAGAGCCAGAACAAUCUAAUGCAGCAGCUUCAGAGAGUGUCUUCUCAGAGGCGGCAGGAACACGAGUAGAUGAUGAUAAUGAUUCUUGAGAAGUGGAUUGCGACACAUCAAAGAAACAGAGGCGCUUCUGUUUUUCCUUCUUUUGGUUAGAAAACUUAGGGUAGUUAGCGAACUUGUCAGGCUCUUUCUUCUGUCUCUCAAUUAUGGCAAUACUGUUUUUUUGCGCAUUUGCCAACAAACAAGCUUCUUUGCUAUGUCUUUUGCGUUAGGUUUUUUCCACGUUUUGUGAAACUUUGAUGGUUCUUUCAACUUAGGGUUUUCGGUUUCCUCAAAA